GCGCCGCACAGGAAGUAGCGGCUGCGGGGGGCGGCGGGGCUGCCGCACUCCAUGAGCCAGGCUCCCGCAGCCGCCCGCCCCGCUCGCCCCUUCCCCGCCUCCCGGGGGGGCAGCGCCAGGCGGAGGCGGCCGCAGGACGCGCCGGUCCUUCCCGAGGAGGAGGAGGAGGAGGUGGUGGAGGCGGCUGCAGGCAAAUGAGAAAGCAAAUCUCUUGAAACAUAAACAGUGGUACUUCCCUGGAGGGAGGAGAUGGGAAUUCUCCUGGUGCUGUGAGUGUUGCCAGGUGUCAGAAGUGGUCCCCAGUGGUGGUGGACAAUUAUUCUGAGUGACGGCCCUUGCAAGCGCUUCUGAGUGGUUAUCAUGGGCUUCAUUGCCUUUCUGAAGACCCAGUUCAUAGUUCACCUCCUCAUUGGGUUUGUCUUUGUUGUGAGUGGACUGAUCAUUAACUUCAUUCAACUAUGCACACUAGUCCUCUGGCCCAUAAACAAGCAGUUUUAUCGCCGAGUAAAUUGUCGCCUUGCCUAUUCGCUUUGGAGCCAGUUGGUAAUGCUGCUGGAGUGGUGGUCAGGCACAGAGUGCACCUUGUUCUCCGACGAGGCUACAGUGAACACGUUUGGGAAAGAGCACGUCAUCAUCAUCUUGAACCACAACUUUGAAAUUGACUUCUUGUGCGGCUGGACUAUGACAGAACGCUUUGGAGUGCUAGGGAGUUCCAAAGUUCUUGCUAAAAGAGAGCUACUGUAUGUGCCCCUAAUUGGUUGGACGUGGUACUUCCUUGAGAUUGUUUUCUGCAAAAGGAAAUGGGAAGAAGACAGAGAUACGGUUAUUGAAGGAUUAAAACGUUUGGCGGAUUAUCCUGAGUAUAUGUGGUUUCUCCUGUACUGUGAAGGAACUCGUUUUACAGAGACCAAGCAUCGUAUCAGUAUGGAGGUAGCUGAAUCCAAGGGGUUGCCUAAACUGAAAUACCACCUGUUGCCCAGAACCAAAGGUUUCACCACUGCUGUCCAGUGUCUCAGGGGAACAGUUUCAGCAGUGUAUGAUGUAACACUAAAUUUCAGAGGAAACAAGAACCCGUCUUUAUUAGGAAUUCUUUAUGGAAAGAAAUAUGAAGCAGAUAUGUGUGUAAGGAGAUUUCCUCUGGAAGACAUCCCUCAAGAUGAAAAGGAAGCUGCAAACUGGCUUCAUAAGCUUUACCAGGAAAAGGAUGCUUUGCAAGAGAUGUAUAAUCAGGAAGGCAUAUUUCCUGGCCAGCAGUUUAAACCUCCUAGGAGACCGUGGACUCUCCUAAACUUUCUUUUUUGGGCCACAGUUCUCCUCUCUCCUCUCUUCACAUUUGGCUUUGGAGUUUUUGCAAGUGGAUCGCCUCUCCUUAUCCUUGCAUUCCUGGGACUUGUUGGAGCAGCUUCCUUUGGAGUUCGUAGACUGAUAGGAGUAACUGAAAUAGAAAAAGGCUCCAGCUAUGGCAACCAAGAAUUCAAGAAAAAGGAAUAACUGACAGCUGCAGUCCAGCACACGUAACCAGACUUUGGUAUCCAAUUAACUUCAGUUAAAAACCAACAACAAACACUUAGAAACUAUCUUUUUCUUAAUAACUGAUGACUAAUAUUAAUGAAUAAAACUUGAGCCAAGAAUGAAGAAGUUGGAGGCAUCAACUGAAGAGAACACAUCAACUUUCUGCCUGUUUAAGGGUUACUGUAGUCAAACUGUGGGAGAAAAUCUGGAGUGGGGUGGAAGAAGGAACUAAUUUUUGCUUUGUUGGGGAACAUGGGGGAGAAAAGAGGGCACUGGCCAUGGCCAUGUGCAUCUUCAGAUGACUGAAUACACUGGUUUCUGUCAAGAGCACUACACUCACUUUUACAACAGGAGCCACUGAAUGUUUCCUAUUGCUAAAGCCAACAUAAUGCUUGUUGAUUUCCAACUUUUUUUAUUAAUGAACGUGGAAAAAACAACCCUUCUUAAAUUAAUUGACAGGUUCUUUGGGUUAGAGUCAUUUUGCAAAGGCUAUUUGUCAUGACUACAGAUGAAAUCCUGUUUGUAUGUUACAUUGAUACUUGUUAUUUUCAGGCAACAACUUAGAACUUCUGUAAUGCAAGGGAACAGAUAGUGGGAGUUUGGAAGCAGUGUGUUACUGGUCAGCACAUACCAUAGAACAGAUCCACUAGUAUUAAAACAGUAUAAAAUUAUCAUUGUAUCUCCUGCUAACUGCUCAAGGCUGUUUAAUUUCAAAAUAUUACUUCAGUCUUGAGUGUUGUUUCCCCUGUUUCACAUCAAGUGUGAAAAUCUUGAAUCUGUUGGGCUUGUUUUGGUUUCUGAAUUAAUGCUGACUGUGGGACUUGGAGUUGUGCAAAGAAGGAAAUUUAUUCAAUUGUC